AUGGGAAGUCGACUGGAAAAGAACUCGCAGGCGGUGCGAAAGCGGAUCGAAGAACACACCUUCUCAGAUGAGCCUGGUGAAGAAUACGAACCUAGCGCCUUCGGAGGCUUCCCAGAUUACUUCCGACGCAAAAAGAUCAAGUUACAGAAUCUGGACUCAGAGUUAAGAAACUCCUCUUCGGACAAGCCUCAAAUUUUUAAAGGGAUCGUUGCGCAUGUUUCUGGUUAUACGCAACCGUCACUUCAUGAUCUCCAUCGGGACUUGGUACAACAUGGCGCCGCAUUUUUGCAGUAUCUAGAUUCAAAGACCAUGGCAACUCACAUCAUCGCGUCAAGCCUCCCGCCCAAGAAAAUGGUUGAGUUCAACAAGUACAGGAUUGUGAAACCCGCUUGGGUGGUCGACUCCAUUGAAGCCGGAAAACUAUUACCAUGGACUGACUAUCGAGUUAUUGAGGAGACCCCAAGGCAGAAAACAAUCAAAUUCCACGGAGGCAAUAUGGGUACCCAGUCGCAUGCGCAAUCAUCUCCAUUAGCACGAUAUCGUGAACAAACCGACAAGAGUUUCUACACCAGUCAGCUGAAGAACGUCGUACGGACCAUUGACGGCAACCAAAGCCAAUCUUCAAGUCCAUUCACUGCCACCAGAGCCAGGGGCAUAACUGAAGAUGUUGAUCGAAACGAUGUCAUCAUGAGAUUCGAAGAUGACCCGGUCACUAGGACAGCUGAGAUGAAUGACAAUAUCACCGUCAACAAUUCCGGACAGACCGAUGCAUUAGAGGAAGUUGUGCCUGUUGGCAAGUCGUCAUCACCUCUGAUUCUUGGGGAAGCAACGGAAAACAAUACUAGUGUAGAAACCCCAAACCUGCCGCAGGCCAUGACCUCGGAGGAGCACAAUGCCUUGUUACUCAAGGAUCCGCGGAUGAGGAAGUCGUCUACAGCGAACCCGGAUUUUAUUCAGCAGUUCUACUCCGAGAGCCGUCUGCAUCAUCUUUCAACCUGGAAAGCUGAGUUGAAAUCGAGGAUGCAAAAGCUUGCCGCACAGAAAGGGCUACAAGCCAAAGCGCCGAAAAGGAGAACAGGAACUCGACGUUACAUCAUGCAUGUCGACUUUGAUAGCUUCUUCUGUGCGGUAUCACUCAAAAGCUCACCCGAGUACAUCGACAAACCCACAGUAGUGGCCCACGGAAGUGGUAAUGGAUCGGAGAUUGCAAGUUGCAACUACCCGGCAAGGAAAUUCGGCGUGAAAAAUGGCAUGUGGAUGAAAAAAGCAAAGGAGUUAUGCCCUGAUCUCAAGGUCCUUCCGUACGAUUUCCCAGGUUAUGAAGAAGCGAGCCGGCUGUUUUACGAAUCCAUACUAGAGGUCGGCGGUAUUGUGCAAAGUGUCAGUAUCGACGAGGCCCUUGUCGACGUCACCUCGGUUACACUCAACGCUGUUAAUUCCAGUGGCAGUGGAGUUGAAGAGGGGAGCAUAUGGAGAGAGCAAGAAAAGGUGGAUCAAAUUGCACUCGAUCUACGGGCCAGGAUCAAGGAGAAGACAGGCUGUGCUGUAUCAGUGGGAAUUGGAGCCAAUAUUCUUCUAGCGAAAGUUGCUCUGCGCAAAGCAAAACCCGCUGGGCAAUUUCAAGUGAAACCGGAUGAUGUGCAGAACAUUCUGGGAGAGCUAAAGGUCGAUGAUCUCCCUGGAGUCGCCUAUAGCAUUGCCGGCAAACUCGAAGAGAUUGGAGUGAAGUACAUUAACGAUAUUCGGCAAAUCUCGAAAGAGCGUCUUACCUCUACACUCGGGCCCAAAACGGGAGAGAAGUUAUGGGAAUAUGCUCGGGGUAUUGAUCGCACUGACGUCGGUGAUCAGCCUAUACGGAAAUCCGUCUCCGCCGAGGUCAAUUGGGGUGUACGAUUUAUAUCUCAGGAAGAGGCAGAUGAGUUUAUUUUCAAUCUAUGCAAGGAACUCGAAAAACGUUUGAUCAACGAGCAAGUCAAGGGGAAACAGUUCACCAUGAAAAUCAUGAAACGAUCAUCAGACGCGCCUCUGGAUCCUCCGAAGCAUCUUGGGCAUGGAAAAUGUGACACUUUCAACAAAAGCACAAUUUUUGGUGUUUCAACUCAUGAUCAUGAAGUUCUAGGCAAGGAAGCGGUAUCGAUAUUGCGUUCUUUCAGGUUCAGCCCAGGCGAUCUCCGCGGUCUGGGCGUUCAACUGACCAAACUAGAGCCCAUUAAGACAUUCCCCUCAGGGUCAGAGAGCAGCCAAAAGAAACUGGAUUUUGCUGCUUUCAAGGGUCCCGCCGCGGCAAAGAAGACUGCCCAAGAUCCCAUCCAAGAUGGAGGCGGCAGUCCGGAGAAGUCGAGCCCAACGCAAGGUCCCAGGGAUGCUCAAGAUCCAAUUAUAGAUGGACCUUUAACGCCACAGAAGCCCAAGCCCUAUCCUAUGCAUCCAGCACUCACCAUAUCGAAAGCCAAUGAGAAGGACACCAAGGCGAAAACACUGUUGAAUAUUGGAGGGACUCAAUUUGUUAUGCCGACUAAUCCAGAUCCUGGUGUUUUGGCCGAACUUCCUCCAGAUAUACACUCAAGACUUUUUGUGCAAGGGAGAGCUCUGCCGGAGAAGCAGCAAGAGUCGCCAUCUGUCAGGUCGAGGACUCAGAGUUCUUUAUCGCUAGAUGACAUACCUCCUGACGUGGACCCGGAGGUGUUCAAAGCAUUGCCUGAUGAUGUGAAAGCCGAAAUACUAGCUACGUACAAACCAAGGGCUGUCCAGACACCUCGGAAGGACCGUAUCAUCCCGCCAACAAAGAAACUCACGCCCACAAAGCGUCGAGCGCCAGGACUAUUUGCUCGAGCCCGAGAGAGACAGGCCGAUGCCAACGCAAAAGUUGUACAGACAAACUUCCUACCGCUGAAACAGGUUCUUCAAGAGGAGACCGAAACUAGCGAUGUUGAAGAACUCGAUCCCAACAUCCUGGCAGAAUUGCCGGAAGAGGUGCGCAAAGAAGUUAUCGCUGACCACCGGCAAAGGAAAGCCCAGCGUUCGGGCCUGAACCUGAAAAUUUACCGCAAGCGAAAUCUGGACGCCGGCGAGGAAGAACUCCUUCCAGGGGGGCAAAUGAAGUUGCAGUUUGCGCCGCGGCCAGCAAAGAUUGCAUUCACAAGUGCGGGAUUGACGUCGGUCUCAGAAAUACGGGACAUGCUCAACGUGUGGCACAGGGAGACGGGAGUAGAGGGUCCACAUCGAAGGGACGCAGAUAUGUUCGAGAAGUACCUGGUCAGGGUUGUCCUGGAAGAGAAAGACAUGGAUAAAGUCAUCAGACUGAUCAAGUGGCUUGAAUAUCUGGUCGAAGAAGACGAGUCGACAAGUCGCGGCAAAGAGAACUGGCAGGCUGUUAUGAAAGGCAUCAAAUCUGAAGUACAGAAAGCGGUGCAACAAAGGGGAUUGGGACCCUUGGAUAUAUAA